CCACAUUUAACACUCAUUCAUUCAUAUCUUAAUUUAAAAGAAUUUCCAUAGUAGCGACGGGAUUAUUGAUAAACCAUGCAGCAACAAGUACACGGAUAUGUUGAUCCUAAAUUCAGAGAGGUGUCGAAUACCCUUCAAAACUAUCUCGAAAAUGGAGAAGAAUUGGGUGCGUCUAUUGCUGUUAACAUCAAUGAAGAAACCGUGGUCGAUAUUUGGGGAGGCUUUAGUACACAUGACAAGACCAAGGCAUGGGAACGUGACACAAUUGUCACUGUCUUCUCUACAACCAAAGCUGUUUGUGCUCUCGCUGCCCUAAUACUGGUUGAUCGGGGACUUCUCGACAUCAACGAAAAGGUCUAUAAAUACUGGCCUGAAUUCGCUGCGCAUGGAAAAUCAUCCAUUGAGAUUAGACAUAUCCUAUCGCAUACUUCUGGACUGUCAGGUUGGGAUGUGCCAAUGACGAUGGAAGACCUGUUUGAUCUCGACCGAAGUGUUGCAAAGCUAGCGGAACAAGAACCUUGGUGGACUCCAGGAUCAGCUUCUGGUUAUCAUUUGUACACAUACGGUUUUUUAAUCGGCCAACUGGUUCGCAAAGUCACUGGUAAAACUUUGAAAGAUUUUGUUGCACAAGAAAUUGCCGGACCGUUAGGAGCGGAUUUUGAGAUUGGAGCAUCAGAGAAAAAUUGGAACCGAAUAUCGCCUCUGUUGUUUCCAGUUUUGGACGCAAGCGCCUCUUUUCCGAUUGACAUGACUUCUAUACCAGCAAGAACAUUCAAUAAUCCUGCGCUGGACGCCACUCUUGUUGAUACUCGCAAAUGGAGAGAGGCUGAAAUUGGUUCGGUUAAUGGUCAUGGUAAUGCUCUCUCGAUCACUACUAUGCUCAGUCCAAUCUCGCUUGGAGGCGAAGCAAAGGGGGUACGUUUUCUAUCACAGAAGACAAUUGACCUUAUUUUCCAGGAGCAGUCAAAAGGAAUUGACUUGGUCACUGGAAUGAGCGUUCGUUUUGGUACCGGAUUUGCGCUCUCUGGAAAGGACACAGACUUGAAAUGGUUGCCGGAAGGACGAGUAUGUACGUGGGGUGGAUAUGGUGGCUCUAUUGUUAUCAUGGAUCUUGAUCGUCAUUUGACAAUAUCGUAUGCUAUGAACAAGAUGGAUGCUACAGGAGGCCUGGGUUCAGACCGUACAAAAGCGUAUGUGAAUGCUAUAUAUAGUGCAGUUGGUGCACUCUAGGGUCUCUCUCUUACCUGCAUUUACACCAAUGCCUGAUGAUUUUGGUUUUAUAUUUCAUUUCAAUACAUGGUCGUCUAAUUUUAUCGUACGCGGGUGUGCGUGACUUUCCACAAUAGUAUUGGCCUUAAAUGACUGGUGUAUUCUAGCAAAAAAUGAUGGCCCCGAGAAAAGGAAAGGAAGCAACCUCAAUCGUAUCACCACAACUACUUAUGGAAAUCGAUCCGAGGAGGUAAAUCAAGUAAAAUCUUAAAAAACGAGAACGCGUGCAUCCUUUAAGUGAGCAUUUAUUUGCAGAAUCAGGUAAAGGAAAUGAGAAUUGUUUAAAAUGCACUUUGUCAAACGCUAUCAUUUGACAAUCUCAGAUGUUGUU